AUGUCACCAUGUCCUAUGACGAGAAUAACUUUACAGCAAGCACCUCCUCGCAACGAUCAUGUCACCGGCGAGUUUAUCCUAACAGAUCCUGGUUUUGAAGGCUUCAUUGAAAUCAAGACACAAAUCAGUGAACAAACUCAAGGCAUGAACUCUCUACCAUUGCCUGAAAGAAGCCAAAGUGGGGCCACGAAGUACCUUUCUCUGGUGAAAUCAUAUCCCAAGCAGUACACUUCUGUUGAUGUGAAUCGUUUCGUUACGGCGGUCUCAACUGCGGAGUUGCUUGAAUUUCUUUAUUCGCUGAUUGAUACCUCUGUCGAGAUCCCUGGCUCUAUCUGGGAUAAGGGCAGCGAGGCCGUCUUGUUGCAAAGCCUGGUCGAUGGGAACUGGGCCGGAGAGUUUGUUGUAAAUCAGGUAAGCGUUAUCAUUUUCGUGAAUUGCUCAGCUACGAUGGGUGUGAACCCUGAUGCGGAAUUUCUCUUUGCAUUCUGUAAUGGUGUGCUUUCGCGGCUCCCCAGUCAAUUUUCACAUCUAGUCAGUCAAAUGGUCCCGCUCUGGAUCUACGCUAUUCUCGCGCAUUCAACGAAAAGAGAGUAUGGCCGAAAAGGUUUACGUCGUUGA